AUGGAUCACUACGACGUCCUCGAGGUCAUCGGCGAGGGCACCUACGGAGUUGUCUUCAAGUGCCGAGAUAAGCGGACUAAUCGGAUAGUGGCAGUGAAGCAGUUCAAGAGCUUCCAGUCGAAUGCGUACGUUCGGGUAGCGAUGCUGCGCGAGCUGCGCGUCGAGCAGCUGCUCAAGGGCGAGCCCAACGUGACACAGCUCCUCGAAACAUUUAAGCAGAAGAACCGCCUGUACCUUGUCAUGGAGUACAUACCGCGUAGCCUGUUAGACCUGCUGGAGGAGGCACGUCACGGCCUGCCCGAGGACUCGUUGAUGGUGCUUCUCUUCACCAUUCUCUUGGGUAUUCGCUCCUGUCAUCGCAACGGCAUCAUCCAUCGUGAUGUAAAACCUGAGAACAUCUUGGUGCGCAACGACGGCACAGCCUCUCUGUGUGACUUUGGGUUUUGCCGACCACUUCCCCGGGAGCUUCAGCCGCAGCCACAGCAACAACCACACCAGCACUCCACCUCCUCGAAAGAUGUCGGGUCAUUGGCUUCACCGAUGACUGGGAAUGGAAGCUUUGGACAGGGCUCUUUGCAGUCACCAUACAGCACGCCGCAAGUGCGCAACGGCGCCUCAGCCUCAACAGCCAACUCGGCAGUGCUCAGCGAGCUUGUCCUCGCUGAUCAUCAGGCGAUCAUGACAAACUACGUCGCAACGCGGUGGUACCGAAGUCCGGAGAUGCUCCUGGGGAUGCCCAGCUAUACGUACGCCGUCGACAUGUGGGCUGUGGGCGCCAUCAUGGCGGAGGCCAUUGGCGGUGAACCGUUGCUGCCCGGCAAGACAGAGCUGGAGCAACUCUCGCUUAUUCAGACCCGAAUCGGCGAUUUCCCAGCGGCCUACGAGGCGGCGGUGCGGAAGAGGAACGGCGGCAUGCUGCGCACCAAGUCGACGCAGCAGAAGUCACGACGACCACGCGACGCAAGAGGCGGUGCGCAGGAGAAUGUAGAGGCAAAGCAGGGCACGAGCCUCUAUUUAACCAACCAUUACGGAGGAAGAAUUACGAUGGCUGGCAUGGACUUACUUCAUCGACUUCUUCGCGUCGACGCGGCGGAGCGCAUCGCCGUCGAGGACGCUCUUGAGCACCCCUACUUCGACGAUAUACGAGGGAGGUUCGAUGUGGCGGUGAAUGGGGAUCAUGCUGCCUUCAGCAGCCAAGAUGCCUGCCACAAGACAACAGAGAUGCAGGCGACCACGGCACACCAAGAGCCUUUCCCUCCCCUUACUGCCACCCGAGCCAUCCACUCCACUUCGCCCUUUUUCUGCACGCCCGGUGUCGCUGGUGGCGGCGGCUCGCCUUGCCUAGAAGCAGUGGCACCACCGCUGGUUGAGGUACCUAUUUCUCUGCUAGAUAAGAGUACAGAGGUGCAGGACGACGGAGGUAGCCCUCUGCCGAUGCCGUGUCGCGCAGCGCGCUCACCUCGCUUGACGAGUGUCGCGUGGGAGGCAUCAGCUUCUUCGUCUGCAUCGCGCGCAGCUUGCGUUGUUGCCACUGGUGACUCCUCGCUGGUUAACUCGUCGAGUUUUUCGCUGUGGACUUCCUCGGACACCUCAGCUAAAGUCGCGCCGCCGACUGACGUCACGGCUGAGGAGGGCCACGAUCCUCUCCCACAGCUGUCUAGCGUGCUUAUACCACUUGCUCUGGAGUCACCCAAGGUGAACGAGACAAUCACUGACUGCGCAGCUGCGGCACGCGACAGGGCUGCCGGGGACGGCAACUCGCCACCUCUACGGCUGGUGCUGGAGGAGGUCAAAAGCGGUGGCCGGGUAGUACCGCGUUCACAGGCGGCUCGUGAGGGCACCAAUGCUCGUGCCGUUCAGCACGACGCAUCAGUGAUCAUUGAGGACUGCAGCUCCACCUCCCUGUUCCAGAGCCGGCAGAGCCACCACAGCCCACGAGAUGUGCGGCUACUUCGGCGGCGCACAUCUAGCCUCAAGGACAGCGCGAGGGUCCGGGCGCUGACGCGAGCUGGUUCCCUACCAAUGAAUGCGUUUGCACAGGAACCCGGAGGUGCUGGUGGUGCUGCAUGCGAAGACGUGGUGGGUGACAUGGACUUCUCCACCCCUCUCUCUUUGCCGAAGACUCGGCGAGCGACGAAGAAAGAAAGAGACGAUGUGAUGAAGACCCGACCACUACCUCACAGAGGCACCGCUGCGAAUGCAUUUCGUACCAAGUCACCGUCCUCUCUGUUGGCGCAGUCAUGCUCUUUCAAGUCGAUGCUCGCGAGUCGUUCAAAGCCGCAGGAGCAGUCGCUGGCACCUACUGUGGUAGAGCCUCCCUCUAAACAUCGUCUAACGCACUCUGCGCGAGAGGGCCACGCGGAAAAGCUGCGACACCUCAGUGGAGCGAUGAGCGCGCCACGAAGCCAGGGCAGCAGAGGCGGCGUCGACAAGAGCACCGCGGCAACGUCGAAUGGCGCACGCCCAUGCAACAACAACUCAGGGACGUCCAUUGCGCUACCGAGUACGCGUGGCGGUACUGGCCGUAGUGGCGGGCUGGCCUCUGUGGCGAAGGAGCGGCGUUCCAGGACUGGUAAAGGCCGCGAUCGAAGUGUAGGGCGUGUCUUUCCAGCCGCCCCAUCCUGUGUGAGUGAGACUGCUCUGGCCUCUUCUUUUCGUGCGGCUGCACAGGGGCUAGCAGAGAUCUCGGUGCAGAGACACCAGGGAACGCCCAACUUGCAUCCCUCUCCGCAGCGGCGUCGUCGCACCUGCACACCGACUGGCCGCGCUGGUACUGCAAACGGUAAUCCCUACAGUCUGGCGCUGUCGAAGCCCCUCUUCGCCCGCAGCCCUCCAGAGGUGUCCGCAGCGCUCGCAGUAAGCAACACGCGUGGCGGUGGUAGCAAGAGUCCUGGGCACUUGCGCUACGCAUCACCCCAGCUGCCAUGUGAAGUGCGGCCGCUGCCGGUUCAGGAGCGUGUUACGUUGCUGAGGGAGAUAGAAAGCCUUAGCAUCUCAGUGGGCACACCCAGCGCUGUGGAGGUGCUGGCGCCGGUCGCGGCUGUGCCUGCCUCUCACCGGCCAAAGUACGCUGAGUGGGACAUUGACUCUAGUGGAGACGUUCACGGCAGAAACCAAGGAGGUACUACCGACUUUCCCAUUACCAGUGCGGAGCCUGUGGUGCCGACGUCUCAGCCACCUAAUCAGCUGGGUAACGGUGUAAGACCCGACGAGGAUCACUGCAGCGGUGAUGCCGAUUCCUUGCUAACGCUGUUCGAAACAGAAAAGCAGUUCUCAGCGAUGACUGUGAAACGAGACACCGUAGCUUCUGGCGCAACCUCAGCUCCUGGCAAACGCACGGCCGACAGCAAACCAGAGGAUGAUGGUUGGGAGAAAUGCCUCCAACGACCGCCGCACUCCGGGGGCAGUACCAGCGGGUGCUCCCCUCGCAUGGAAUCGAGCUCGCUUGCCGGGAUUGCCAGUACACACACCGCGAACGUCCCCACAGGCGGCAGCUGUCGCGUAGCACGCAGUCUCAUUUUUCGGUCCUACCGCACGGCAUCGUCGCCCUUGAGGCUGGCAGCAAUUCACCCUUUCUCACCUACCAAUCAGAGAGAAGGUCUACCCUCUGAACUGUCGAUCAGCAACCACCAUGAGAGUUUCUCCGCUAGUACUGGCAUGUCUUUCAAGACUCCUCCGAAUACUACAAACUCGGCCCACACACGCCGGCUCGCUCCUGCGCUGCUGCGUCAUCACCACUUCACCACCGCUGCGGGUGAUUACUCGCUGCAGACGCCAAUCGCCCUCGGACCCGAUCCUGUCUUUGGCAGAAGUUCCUUUUCUGCGCAGUCACCUUGUGUCGUGAGCAGCUCUGCGCGGUCGCCGUUUCUCUCACCAGCCCCCCAGCAACUCAGCGGCGUUGAUGGGCAGCACGCCUUGAUAGAGUCGCAGCUCCUGUCGUUGUCUGGGGCGCGGCAACAGCGUCGUCUCUCCAACCCCAUCGAGCUGUCUCUCAGUGGCGAGUUGCUUGAGGACUCGGCCGCUGGCGUCCCACGUGGAGGGUACCGCGGCCACGAGAAUUCAACCCUGCUCUCCUCCACUCCCCCUACCACCACGCAUGACGACUUGGAGACAGUAGUGCUGAUGGAGACUCCACCAGCACACCGGCACACCAAUCAACAGCGUCAGCACCGAGUGCACAGCAGUGGCAGCUGGUCUCCGACACGCACUGGCAUGAGAGUCACUAUGUCAUGUAGCAUGCCAGACAACUCUACUACGUCGCGUGGCCUCGACCGAGAGGCCGAUGAAUCGCCAGCUCAUCGUGAAAGAAAGGGCUCUGUUGCGACGGCGGAUGUAGUGGACACCCCCGCGGGAGCUACGAGGCACAACACCGUUCCGGAGUUGUUUCCUGCCGCGCCAACGCGUCUACUGGGGUGCGACGAAGAUGAUGUGAUCAGUAUCUCCAACACGUCGCCACUGUCGAUGCGGGGUUCGCUGAAUGCGUUCGGCACGGUGAAUGACAUCUCCCGGUCAUCACGAGAGAGAGUCGGGCUCUCCCUGGCGCCUCCCCAGCCGCUUCUCGGCGGAUCGAGCGUGCUAAGCGCGCAACAGCUGCACGCCGGCGGAGGUCGUAGGAAGAGCCGCUUGAUGCUCUGA